GGGCGUGCGCAGGCGCGCCGGGGAAGCGGAGGGGGGCAGGGGGCGGUGGCUCGCUCUGAGGCGCAGGCGCAGUGCAGCGCGGAGCGGCGGAGGGGCUUCGACGUUUGUCAGAGCCGGUGUCCGGCGUCCUGUGUCUCGUCAUGGCGGACGAGGGCAAAUCGUACAUCGAGCACGAUGACCGCGUUGGAGGUAGUUUCCCCCAAAGACGGAAGAAAGGCCGAGGCCCCUUCCGGUGGAAAUAUGGUGAAACAAAUUCACGGCCCCGAAACCGAGGUGGCCCUGGUCCCCGAGCCUCGCGCCCCGAGGAGGACGAUGGCGAUGUAGCAAUGAGUGAUGCCCAAGAUGGUUCCCGGUCCCGGUACACACCUUACAACUCACGACCUAACCGGAGAGGGGGCGAUAAUUGGCAUGACCGGGACAGAAUUCACGUCACUGUGCGUCGAGACAGGCCUGGCCAAGACAGAGGAGGUGCUGCUGGCUCCAGCCUGGAUGCAGCCUCUAAAAACUGGUUCAGGAUCACAAUCCCUUACGGCAGGAAGUACGACAAGUCAUGGUUGUUGAACUCAAUCCAGAGCAAAUGCAGUGUCCCCUUCAAUCCUAUUGAGUUUCACUAUGAGAACACCCGGGCCCAGUUCUUUGUGGAGGAUGCCAGCACAGCAUCUGCCCUCAAGGCUGUGAAUCACAAGAUUUUGGACCGAGAGAACCGAAGGAUCUCAAUCAUCAUCAACUCAUCUGCCCCGCCCCAGUCAGUGCAGAAUGAGCUCAAGCCUGAGCAGGUGGAGCAGCUCAAGUUUGUCAUGAGCAAGCGCUACGAUGGCUCCCAGCAGGCCCUGGAUCUGAAGGGCCUCCGCACAGACCCAGACUUGGUGGCCCAGAACAUCGACGUUGUCCUAAAUAGAAGAAACUGUAUGUCUGCCUCCCUCCGGAUCAUCGAGGAGAACAUCCCUGAACUGCUGUCCUUGAAUCUGAGCAGCAACCGCCUCUACAGGCUGGAUGAUUUGUCAGAGAUAGUGCAGAAGGCACCGAAUCUCAAGAUCCUGAACCUUUCUGGGAAUGAACUGAAGUCAGAGCGAGAGCUGGACAAGGUGAAGGGGCUGAAGCUGGACGAGCUGUGGCUCAUCGGGAACCCUCUGUGUGAUGCUUUCCGGGACCAGUCGUCCUACAUUAGCGCCAUCCGGGAACGCUUCCCCAAGUUGCUUCGUCUGGACGGCCAUGAGUUGCCCCCGCCGAUUGCUUUUGAUGUGGAACCUCCUACUACGCUCCCGCCCUGCAAGGGUAGCUACUUUGGAUCAGAAAACCUGAAGGCCAUGGUCCUGUACUUCCUGCAGCAGUAUUAUUCUGUGUACGAUUCUGGAGACAGGCAAGGGCUGCUGGACGCUUAUCAUGACCAGGCUUGCUGUUCCCUCAGCAUCCCCUUUACUAUCCAGAACCCAGCUCGGGGCAACAUGAGUGAAUACUUCAAAGACAGCAGGAACGUGAAGAAGCUCAAGGAUCCCACCCUGCGCUUCCGGCUGUUAAAACAUACACGCCUCAAUGUCGUGGCCUUCCUUAAUGAGCUCCCCAAGACCCAGCAUGAUGUGAACUCUUUUGUGGUCGAUAUCUGCGCCCAGACGGAAACACUGCUGUGUUUUGCUGUGCAUGGGGUCUUUAAGGAAGUGGAUGGAAAAUCUCGCGACUCUGUCCGUGCAUUCUCCCGAGUGUUCAUCGCUGUCCCCUCGAACAAUGCUGCCAGGCUCUGUAUCGUGAACGACAAGCUCUUCAUAAGAAACGCCACCACUGAUGAGAUCCGCCGAGCCUUUGUCAUGCCAGCUCCCACCCCCUCCUCCAGCCCUGUGCCCACUCUCUCCCCAGAACAGCAAGAGAUGUUACAGACCUUUUCAACUCAGUCUGGCAUGAACCUGGAAUGGUCACAAAAGUGCCUUCAGGACAACGAUUGGGACUUUGCUAGAGCAGCGCAGGUCUUUACCCAGCUCAAGGCUGGCGGCAAGAUCCCAGAGGUGGCGUUCCUCAAGUGACUCGUGACUCCUGAAGCAGCGCUCCCCAUCCCCGUCCCUCGCUUCCACCUCAUCUGGCCUGGGGCCAACAUUACGACUGUGAACAAGGGCCGAGAGCGUCCUGGUCUCCCAUGUUGAGGAAGACCUCGCCUGCGCUGCCAUCGUUGCCGUCAGCGCCCACGCCCUCUUGGAAGCCAAAGCUUUGUCUAUAGGACUGACACUAAACCUUCGCCGAGCUCAGAUGUCUGAGCACUCCACCACCUGGAGUCCUUGUUCUUUGUUCUCUUUUUGAUGAUAAAGAGUGAAGUUUUAUUUUGUGUUA